CAGGGCGGCAACCUGAUUGCGCAUGCGCUUUCCCCCACCCUCCCGUCGCGUUGCACUUUUUGGUGCCAACGAUUGGCUGAGGCCCACCUCGAGGGGAGGGGCCCCCUGUCGGUCCCGUUGUGCGCGGGGCGGAAAAACAACCACCUCCUCCUCCUUCCCCCAGUGGAAUGUCCUCCGCUUUCAUUGGCGCCUUGCGCUGCCCAUCUCCGAAGGGGGCGCCGCUGAUUGGGCGAGCCGUGGUGGGCUAGUGGCUGGGGCGCGUCGCCGUGUGGCGGCUGUGAGGGGAAAAUGUCGCGCGAUGGCAAGAAGUUGGUCCGCUCGUCCAGCGGGCUCCGGAUGGUGCCUGAGAGCCGGGCCGGGAGGAGCCCCUUCGGUCUGGAAGAGCCGCCGUGGGUGCCCGAUAAGGAGUGUCCCAGAUGCAUGCAGUGCAAUACAAAGUUUGACUUCAUAACCCGAAAGCAUCACUGCAGGAGAUGCGGAAAGUGCUUUUGCGACAAAUGCUGCAGCAAAAAAGUGCCUCUGCCGCGAAUGUGCUUUGUGGACCCCGUGCGCCAGUGUGCCGAAUGCGCCCUCGUUUCCCUGAAAGAAACAGAGUUCUAUGACAAGCAGCUCAAAGUGCUCAUGAAUGGUGCUACGUUUUUUGUAACUCCAGGGACAUCUGAGAAGUCAGAGAUGAUGGUUUGUCGGCUUUCCAACAACCAGAGAUAUCUGUUUCUGGAUGGAGACAGCCAUUACGAAAUUGAAGUUGCACAUAUUACAACUGUCCAGAUCCUUACAGAGGGAUUUACUCCUGGAGGAGGCAAUACUCGUGCUAUAGGUAUGCUCCUUCAGUACAAGGCGCCGGGAUCAGAGGAACUCAAACAGUUGAAAUUCACUGCUGGAGAAGACUUCAACUCUAACAAGAAACUAUCAGCAACCUGGCUGGCAGCCAUGCACAAGGCGGCAAAACUUCUUUAUGAGUCUCGGGACCAAUAACAACUUUCAAUUUGAGGGGGGAAAAGAUGAGCUCUCAGAAUAAACAUCUCACUUCUCGCUAGUUCACAUGGUAAUAAACACUUGGCAAUAGAGGGAACCACUCUGCCCUGUUCUUACCUGUUAAAUGUGGUUCAUUAAUGUGAGCCCUGGCCAAUAACAAUGUGAGUAUUCGACCCAUAAGUAUUCACUUAUUUAGUGUGCAAUAUGUAUACAGUUCAUUAAUGCUUUAAAAUAUAGCCUUGCCUCGAUGACUUUAUAUUUUGUUAAAAUCGUGUCUGCACUUAAUAUGUAUAAUGAAGUGUGACCUGCACUACUGCUAAAUGUAUAGCACAACUUUUGUAGUACAUAUUAUGUAUACUGUAUAAUUCAUUAUAAAAAGGAAACACACUCAUGUGUUGAUGCUCCCAAGAAUAGCUUUUCAGGUGUGUAGAUCUCAGGUUUCUCUCCCCCCCCCCCCCCAUCCAAAUGAUCUAUGAAAUCUUGCCUUAGGUUGUCCUUUUAUAGAAGCCACUCUUUCUUGUGGUGGGGGAUUUGUAUCAUAUUAAACACUUCUCUUGUUAAAAAAAAAAAAAGAUUUAACCAAAUGCCACAAAUUGUCCUGUGAAAGUUGACCUUUUUGAAUGAAGCUUCCAGCAAGACUGAUUUUUUUGAAGUUUUAUAUUCAUGCUUUUUGUGGUAAUUCUAGGUUUGGCUAAUAAAACCUGAUUAAAUAACUAUUUAAAGUUGUGAA